CUAGUCACUUAGCCUUGAACAAGAAACAAAACAUGGAUCAAGAAAUGAAAUAAAAAAAAAAAUGACAGAAGCGAGUGAGAGUGCCGCUGGUCUAUCAGCCAUGUAUAGCAUACACGUCAAUGACAGUUCAAGUGAACUUCCAGAGCAACAAAAAUCAUCCCAUUUUUCACUCCCUGAUUAUGACCUCUGCACCCAGCAAAAUAUUGGAGUUAGAUUGCAUGCCCCAAAUAAUUCACUCAGGUAAAACCAUCACUAUCAGAGUCAUUAACCUGCAACCAACGAAGAAGCCUUUUAGUUAGUAAAGAACGAAAGAUCCUUCUUACAAACCAAUAUAAAUAUCAGUCUGAAUCUGCUAAAGACCUGUAAAAACAAACCUACCCCAACCAAACACAUUUCUGGGUAUAACUUUUAAACAGUGCCCGUCUCCUAGUCAUAGUAUUCUCCAAAACAAACCGUUAUGGGAAACACCCUUUUAGAGGCUUUGAACGUUCGAGUGGUCGGCUCCGGCGAGAAUAUCCUGGUGCUUGCACACGGGUUUGGCACGGACCAAUCAGCCUGGCAACGCAUUGUCCCACUUUUCAAACCUUAUCAUCGUAUAAUUCUAUAUGACCUCGUUUGUGCGGGUAGUGUCAACCCAGAUUACUUCGAUUUUAGAAGGUACACAACUCUUGAUGCCUACGUUGAUGACUUGCUUAAUAUUCUUGAUGCCCUUGGCGUUGACCGUUGCGCUUAUGUUGGUCACUCCUUCUCCGCCAUGGUUGGCAUCUUAGCUUCCAUUCGCCGCCCUGAACUCUUCUCCAAACUCAUCCUCAUCGGCGCUUCUCCCAGGUUUCUUAAUGACAAAGAUUACCACGGAGGGUUUGAGCAAGCUGAAAUUGAGAAGGUUUUCUCAGCAAUGGAAGCGAAUUACGAAGCCUGGGUCAAUGGGUUUGCCCCACUGGCCGUGGGGGCUGAUGUGCCGACAGCGGUUCGAGAAUUCAGCCGAACCCUUUUCAACAUGAGGCCAGAUAUAUCAUUAUUCGUUUGCAGGACCAUAUUCAACAGUGAUCUGAGAGGGGUACUUGGCCUGGUCAAAGUUCCAUGUUGCAUAGUCCAGACAGCCAAGGAUGUCUCGAUUCCAGCUUCAGUCGCAGAGUAUUUAAGGACCCAUCUAGGGGGACGAACCACGAUCGAGAUUUUGAAGACGGAAGGCCAUUUGCCGCAUUUGAGCGCACCAGCGUUGCUGGCUCAACUGCUCAGCCGAGCCCUUGCACGGUGAGGCUGAGUCCUAAUCUUUAGUAGGGGUGGGGUCCAGGGUGAAAUGUAAUAACAAAAGGGGAUGUCGACACCUGUGGAAUAUUUGUGGCAUUAGGAUCCUUGGACUCAUCACGAUAAUAUUAUGAUCUUCUUUUCCCCAAAGGAUAAGAAUUCCCACGUGAUAGUCACGUGAUGACGUGCUGUUUUCGGCUUUCUCUUCUUUGUUUCUUUCUUUUCUUAUUUUGUUUCUUUUUUUUAACUUUAU